AUGUCGUCAGUUACCAGCGAGGUAAAGGGGGAGUUGAAGGAGGAUGGUGGCGUCGACGUUCAUCAUGCCGAGAUCCUGGCCAACAAGGAUCUCAUGAACGAUGCCUUUGAUGGUGAGAACCGCGAGCAUGAGAUGGGCUUGUGGGCGGCCGUCAAGGCCCAUCCCUGGGCUUGUUUCUGGGCCUUUACCAUGUGCUUCACCAUUGUCAUGGAGUCGUUUGACAUGUUUUUGAAUGGUAACUUCGUCGCGCAAUCCGCUUUUCAAAAGAGAUACGGUGUACCAGUGCAAGGGGGUGGUUAUGCUAUCCCAACCCGGUGGCAGAGCGCUCUCUUCCAAUCCGGUCAAUGUGGUGCUUUUGUUGGUGUAUUUUUGGCUGGUCCCGUCACCAACCGUCUUGGCUACCGCUGGACUACCAUCUUGGCCUUGAUGCUUAUGAACGCCACCAUUUUCAUUUCUUUCUUCGCCGACUCACUCACCCUCCUGGUGGUCGGACAAGCGUUGGAAGGUGUCCCGUGGGGUUUCUUCAUUGCAAACUCCCCCGCCUACGCCAGUGAGAUCGUCCCUCUCGCCCUUCGAGGUGCCUGCACGGCUACUCUGCAAAUGAGUUGGUCGAUCGGUUCCAUCAUUGUCGCCGCCGCCACCUAUGGCUACAAUAAGCGAGACGAUGAGUGGGCUUGGCGAGUACCUCUGGCCUUGCAGUGGCUCUUCCCGACCCCCCUCUUGGUCCUCAUCUUCCUGGCCCCCGAAUCUCCCUGGUGGUUGAUUCGUCGCGGACGCAAGAAGGAGGCUCUUCGCUCCAUCGAGCGCCUCGGUGCCAAGUCCUCUGAGCAUGCUCAACAGUCGCUGGCCAUGAUCGAGCGAACCGUCAAGAUCGAAGAGCAGAUGGGUGGCACUCCUACCCUCCUCGACCUGUUCAAGGGUACUGAUCUCAGACGAACCAUCAUCACCUGCUUGAUGUACGCGUCGCAGAACUUUGCCGGUAACUUGAUUGCCAACCAGGCAACUUUCUUCUUCGAGCAGGCCGGUAUUAAUCCCAACCGUGCUUUCCAGCUCAAUCUGAUCAACUCCUGCCUCCAAUUCGUUGCCAACGCCUGCUCUUGGCCUCUUACCGGCUGGUUCGGUCGUCGAACCAUCUAUCUCUGGGGCACCGUCACCAACAUCACCCUGCUUAUGAUCCUGGGUAUCUGCGCCUCGAUCCCCCAGAACUCGUCGACCAACUACGCCCAGGCCUGUCUCGGGAUCCUCAUCUCCUUCGUGUUUGCCGGUACCCUGGGCCCGAUCUCCUACACCAUCAUCUCCGAGACCUCCUCGGUCCGUCUCCGCGCUCUGAGCACCGGUGUCGGCCGUGCCGCUUACUACGUCGCCGAGAUCCCCAUGAUCUACCUCUCCUCACGCAUGCUCAACCCCACCGGAUGGAACUUGGCUGGCAAGUGCGGUUACGUCUGGGGUGGUACUGCCUGCGUCUGCUGGGUGAUGGCCUACUUCUUCCUGCCUGAACUUAAGCACCGCUCCUACCGUGAGACCGACAUCCUCUUCAACCGCAAGCUUCCUGCAAGGAAGUUCAAGACGACUGUUAUUGAUGUGCGGGAGAAUGAGUAG